CUUGGAAAUGCGAGCGUAUUUUUUUGCGCAUACCAGCGGAUCAACAGUGCAUUCAGGGAGUUUAAAAAAUAUUAUUUAUGAUUUCCUCUCUUCGUUUACCGGAUCCGGUGGGUGUAGUCGAUCCUAUAAUAUACACAGAGAACGAAAAAGAUGGACCUGAUAAUGUCUUUCUACGCAGUAAUGGUCGCCAUCAAGAGCAAGCUCGAAAAUUACAUUUAAAAAUUGGGGUCAUUAAUGAAGCAAAAGGUUCUUGUUAUGCAGAAAUGGGACAAACAAAAGUUAUUUGUGCAGUUUUUGGCCCGCGCGAGUUAACUAAGAACGAAUCUUACAGUGAUGUUGGGAAACUUUCCUGCGAAGUAUACUUUGCAAGUUCUUGCCGUCCGCAACAGAAGUCUAUAUUUAAAACGGAAGAAGAAAAAGAGCUCGGAGAUCUUUUUGAAAAUGCAUUAUCUUUGAGUGUUCAAUUGCAUUUGUUUCCAAAAUCAGUGAUUGAAGUUAAAAUAAACUUUAUAUAUGACGAUGGCUCUUUUAUAUCGACUGCUUUAACAAGUGCGUCUGUUGCACUGGGCCAAGCGGGAAUUCAGAUGUACGAUUUAAUUUCUGCGAGUUCGGUCUCGUUAAUAUCCGGCAGCAUCUAUGUUGAUUGCGACAAAAAGGAAGAAGAGCGGCAGGAUGGGGCCCUCAUGAUCGCUGUUAUGCCAAACGUUAAUAAAGUUGCUACCCUCCUUCAAACGGGAUGUCUUUCCCAGGAAACUUUUUGCUGGUAUAUUUACAAAAAUAAAUUAUAA